CCACCAAACCACAGAACGUCCCACGGUCUGUUCAGUCCACGUGGUUCCAGCCUCGCAAUGAACAGACGUUUGAUGGGCCUAGUCAAAGCUGUCAACAACAACUAACUGGAAGAUUUCAACGAAGCCUUAGAUUAAGUAUACGAUCAAAGAUAACAAAAAUGAAUGAGGAAGAGUCACUAGAAAAUGACUUUGACAAGGAAAACUGCCCAAGCCAUUCUUAUGCAAAAAGUAUAGAGCUGCCUGCCGAGGAAAUUUUUAAAAACUUACACAAUGCAAAGAAGUUUGCCAUUGAUAUUGGUGGGUCGUUAGCAAAAGUUGCAUAUUUAUCAGAGGUUAGCAGAAUACGUGCAAGGCAUUACAGUAGAAGUGGGUCUUUCAUUGGUCCAAAGGUCUCAAGCAGUAGUGAUUGUGUAGCAAUUGAUAAUGAAGCAGGAAAACAGCCCAUCUAUACCGUGGAAGAAGAGCAAGAAAGAGGUGCAAAGCUGCACUUUAUCAAAUUUGAAACAAAAUUAAUCGAAAGCUGCUUAGAUUUUAUCCAAAAGAAUAUUUUAGAACAUGGGAGCGAAAUCGAAGACAAAUCAAUGAAGGCCACUGGUGGCGGAGCUUACAAAUACACGAACCUGUUAUCAUCUAAGCUUGGAGUGAAGGUCGACAAGCUUGAUGAAAUGGAGUGUUUGAUUAAAGGUUGCAACUUUUUGCUGAAAAACAUUCCGAACGAAUGUUUUACGUUUCAAAGAGGCGAUGAUUUGAAGAAACCGAGAUACAAUUUCCAAAAUGUCGACUCUCGUAGCUUAUUUCCGUAUUUAUUGGUAAACAUUGGGUCUGGAGUCAGUAUUCUUAAGGUAGACAGUGAAAGUCAAUACGAACGAAUCGGAGGGACAAGCACAGGUGGCGGGACAUUUUGGGGACUGGGUUCACUUCUGACUGAUGCAAAGGGCUUUGAUGAGUUGCUGCAACUUGCAACGAAUGGUCAGCACAAAAAUGUCGAUAUGCUGGUCAAAGAUAUUUAUGGUGGUGAUUAUUCCUUACUUGGUCUCCCAGGGGAUGUUCCUGCUAGCAGUUUUGGAAAAGCAGCUAGAACGUCUCGCGAGGACAAAAAAGGAAGUGCUUAUGACUCUGGUGACCUUGUGAAGAGCCUACUACAUAUGAUUUGCAAUGAUAUAGGCCAGAUAUCAUCUCUAUAUGCUCAGAUUUAUGGCCUUAAAAGAAUUUUCUUCGGUGGAUAUUUCAUCAGAGGUCAUCCACUGACAAUGCACUCUAUUAGUUUUGCUGUCAACUUCUUCUCCAAGGGCGGGCAGAAAGCUUUAUUUCUGAGACACGAAGGCUACCUAGGUGCUGUUGGUGCAUUUGUUACUGGGGCGAUGGAAAAUGCAUUGACAUUGAACAAUGGGCUUGUUUCAUGGGGUGAAAACUACGCCGGAAGUUCCGGCCUGUCUGCUGGUAAUGGUAAAGGAGAAGAAGAUUCGUUAGAUGUGUUUGAUGUAUUGGAAUUGGACCAAUUAAGCAACGCACUCGUAUCUUGCCCUUUGUUGCUGAACCCUGAUAAAUACAAACCAGACUUAGAGGAUCUUGUUGCCGAUGAGAAGGCGAGGGAUUAUUGGUUGAACUGCUUUGAGCAGGGCAUAGAUGUGUUUGUAGAUCAAGCUGUACAAAGUCAAUCUGGGAGGGAAGAUGCGAGAGAAAGAGGAGAGAAAUUCAGAGACCAGUUUCUUCACCGCAUUAAGAUUCUCCGCAGUCAACCAUACAGAUUUGGCGGACUUUUUGUAAGGACGUUACUUGACACAAGAGAGCAGUUCCUCGUAUCAUUUGGUUUUUACGAUCCGUAUUUACAGAUAAAACAAGAGGAAAAUGAAGCUGCUGUCUGCCUUUUUGAAAGCCGAAUAAAACAGCUCGAUCAAUUACCGAACGCGGAAAAGCAGGUAGAACUGAUCACCGGGCUUUUAGCUGGCAAUUUCUUUGACUGGGGUGCAGGCGAGGUCGUAAAAUGCAUCAAGAACGGUACGUUUACAUUUGAAGAUGCAAAAAAGAAGUUGCAAAAAAGACCCUGGCUUUGUGAUGAUUUGGAUGCUUGGCUACAGCGCUGUGAAGGGCCUCCGUAUAAGCUGGCAGUCAUAUUUGUGGAUAAUAGUGGUGGUGACAUAGUACUUGGAGUCUUCCCUUUUGCGCGGGAGCUUCUGCAAAAAGGAACCAAGGUCAUCUUAGCGGCCAAUUCAUAUCCAGCCAUCAAUGAUGUUAUAUUCAGUGAAUUACUUAUAGUUUCAGAAAGGAUUGCGGAAAUAUGCCCAGUGAUUAGGAAUGCAUUAUCCACUCAGCAACUUGUUGUCAUGGAAACUGGUGAAGGGUCACCAUGUAUCGACCUGAGACGAAUAGACGCCUCAUUGGCCGAAGAAAUGAGGAAAGCCGAUCUGAUCGUCCUAGAAGGAAUGGGGAGGAGCAUCCACACAAAUUAUUCAGCUCGAUUUUCAUGCGAUAUGAUCAAACUUGCUGUUUUGAAAAACCCAUGGCUGGCCUUGAAAUUUGGAGGAAAGACUUUCGAUAUUAUGUUCAAGUUCAGGUUAGGUAACGAGUUUGAAGCACCGACUGAAACAUCGACGCAAAACCGAAAAUGAUUGUUGACAUUUUGCUAUCGUUCGUAGUUCGACCCGCGAAGGCCUUAACUAACCUUUUUAUAUCCUUUGUGAUCUGUUUGUAAAUAUAUUUUGCAACAAACCAUCCAUCUUCAAUUCCUAUUGUUUAUUACGCCCCUUUAUUCCUGAUGGCAAGUUCAAAUUGUGUACAUUCUUGCAUUCAUUUCUUACUUAUUCCUCUGCCAGUUAGUGGUUAUGCAAUGGUAGGACCAUUAGUACCUGGGUUUGCCUGACUAAGUUCCGGUUAGAGACCCCCGAAUAAAGCAUAUCACACAAUAAUGUCAAACAUCUGGAAAUGCAUACCGUAAUUCUUACUGAAUUUAAACGAUACGCACCAAAACGUGAAAUGCCAAGGUAUAUCUGAGUAUAUAAUAUUUGUUAUAAAAUAUGGUGUAAUGAUUCUUUUUUAAUCUAAACUCUGAAAUACACCAAUUGAAGAUUUGUCAUAUCUCUAGAAUCAUUGCUGCUUUAUUGCAACUCGACUUGACGUCUCGAAGAGCUCUUUUUGUAAAAUCCUAAUUACAAUUAGUGGGCAUCUUCCAGGAAAGAGAGAGAUUGUUUGCUGGUUUCGUAAAAUAUCCUAAUCAACACAUUCGGAGAAAAUCUUAACGAUAGAGAAAAACAUUUGUACGAGUGCAAGCUAUAUCGAUCAACAAAAAACUAUAUAUAUCACAAAAAAACGUGGUCUCUAAUCAAAACGAGGCUAUAACAAAAUGGAGUCAGGAUGUCUAAGCUAUAAUUCGGUACACUGGCGCGGCGAUUGAAACCAAAGAUGGAGAUCUUUUAAUGCCCUAGGCUCAUGCAGUAUGUGAUUGCAGUAUGUUGUCCCCCAACUGCUCCUAGUUACAUAUGCACAAUAGUAGCCACUUCACUUUAUUUGCAUUUCUUUCAAUUGUAUUCAUUGAUUGAGUACUCCAGACUGAUUGAGUACUUGAGUACUCUUUUCAAAGCAUCUACUGUAGUACAGAUCUAUAUAGCUUAAUAGUUUUCCAUUACAUUGUUUGGAAUGAAUGUGUUAUUGAUAUUUUUAUUAAAUUGUGAUAGUAAAUCGUGUUGUUAAUAGAUGUUUUAAGCCAUAAUUUGCCGAAGAUUUUCAGUUCAA